AUGGCUUCCCAGAUUGAGGAUACUUAUGACUAUAUUGUCUGCGGAGGUGGAACUUCAGGCUGUGUGGUUGCUGGCCGCUUAGCUGAGAACCCCGAUGUCAAGAUCUUAUUGCUCGAAGCUGGACAGCACAACAAGGAUUUGGAGAAUGUUCAUAUGGCUGGCGGAUGGUCAAACAACUUCGAUGCUGAAACUGAUUGGAACCUUGUCACGCCUCCCAUGGCGGGGGUUGAUAACCGCCAAGUGAAAUUGAGUCGAGGACGAUUCCUUGGGGGAUCUAGUGGCUGCAAUGGCACGCUGUGCAUUCGCGGCAGUAAACAAGACUACGACGAUUGGGGGUUGGAGGGAUGGAGCGGCGAAGAAUUCUUCGAAGCCAUGAGAAAGUCGGAGACCUUUCACCCAAAGCCCUGGUUCAAAGCGGACAAUGAGAGCCACGGCUACUCUGGGCCUCUCCACACAGAACCGCACGACCUCGCACCUAUCUCUCAGCUGCUGCUAGACUCUUACGUCUCUCAGGGCAUGCCUCUGCACCACGACAUGUUCAGCACUGGGGAUGUCGCACAAGGAUGUGGCCAUGUGCCUCGAACAGUAUACCAAGGCCUCCGCACAACAGGUGCUGAUUUCGUCACCAACAAAAACCACCGUGGUAACAUUACCAUCAAGACUGAUACGACUGUCGACAAGAUCAUCUUCACUGAGCAGGGAAGUAAAACUCGUGCUUCGGGUGUAGCAACUCAGGCCUCGGACGGUACAUCUCGGGUUUACUACGCACGAAAAAAAAUCAUUAUCUCCGGAGGUGCAUACUGCAGCCCUGCAAUCCUGCUUCGAUCUGGCAUCGGACCAAAAGCAGAACUUGAUAAGCACAAUAUCCCCUGCACGGUCGACCUACCAGGUGUAGGAAAGAACCUGAUGGACCACCUAAUCGUCUUUAUGUUCUACGAAACCGAAAAGAAAGGCCUCACAACCGACUACCACGUCUACCACGGCACCAACUUCGACAAAACCUACGAAGAAUGGAAAAGCAAGAAAACAGGCUUCUUGUCAACCUUCCCCUUCGGCAGCUUCGCUUUCGCUAGACUGGAUGAACGCCUACAAGACGAACCGCUCUGGAAGAACGCGCCCCGCCAACCAGGCCGUGACCCAAUGGGUCUCACACCUUUACAGCCAAAUAUCGAAUUCUUCUCGACGGAAUGCUACGGCGGACCGAAACAAUACGACCAGUUCCCUGUUAAUGAUCAGCACGCAUUUUCAAUAAUAGCAGAACUAUUCGCGCCCAAAUCACGUGGAUCUGUGACGUUGAAGUCGGCAGAUGCACUGGAGAAUCCGAUAGUUGAUUGUAAUUACCUGGCUGAUCCGUUUGAUUUAUUGGUUUUGAGUGAGGCUUGUCGGUACGGGAAUGAAGUUGUUAUGAAGGGGGCUGGGACGAAGGAUGUUGUGAAAGGCUCUUGGCCGUCGAAUCUGAAGCAUCAUUCUUAUACGACGAGGGAGCAGUGGGUUCCGUAUGUGAAGGAGCAUGCUACUACUUGUUACCAUGCUGCCGGUACUUGUGCAAUGGGCAAGAAGGAUAGCCCGAUGGCUGUGCUUGAUGAGAAGCUUCGGGUUAGGGGCGUUUCUGGGCUAAGGGUUGCUGAUUGUAGCGUUAUGCCUACUUUGCAUGGUGGACACACUCAGAUGCCGGCUUAUGGUAUCGGUGAGAAGUGUGCAGACCUGAUCAAGGAGACGUGGCGCAUGGCGGGUAAUAUAUACCCUCGUAUUUGA